AUGGCCUCCAUCCUCAAGUCGAAGUGCGUCCUCGUCACCGGCGCGACCGCGGGCAUCGGGCGCGCGCUCGCUCGCGCCAUCCGUGACCUCCCCUCGAAGCCGACUGUCAUCGCGAUGGGCCGCCGGCAGGAGCGGCUCGAUGAGCUUGCGAAAGAGGGCUUCAAGACGGCCAAGUUCGACAUGAACACGACGCCCGACAAGAUCAGGGCGUUCGUGGAUGAUAUCACGGCGCAGUACCCGGAGCUGGACGCGGUCAUCCUGAACGCGGGCGUGCAGUAUAUCUUCGACUUCACCAAGCCCGAGAGCGUGGAUUUCAACAAGAUCAGCACCGAGUUCAACGUCAACUACCUCGCCGUCGUGAGCAUGAUGACGGCCUUCCUCCCGCACCUAAUCAAGAUCGGGAAAGAGCGCCCCACCCUCCUCGUCCCGGUGACCUCUGGCCUCAUGACGAUCCCCCUACCGAGCACGGCGAACUACUCUGCGACGAAGGCGGCCCUCCACAGCAUCUCCUUCUCCAUCCGCAUUCAAAUGGAGAACGCCAAGACAAACGUGCACGUCCUCGAGAUUAUCCCUCCCCUCGUCGAGUCCGAGUUGCACGACAACCAAGGCACCACGGAGGCUCUGUCCAGAUUCUGGAUGCCCCUUGCCGACUUUAUCAACGUCGUCCUCGACGGCCUCAAGGAGGGCAAGAUCGCCAUCACCGCCGGCGCGGCCACCUCAGCGUACCUCCAGUUCGAGAAGGGCAAGGAGAGCUACCGCAAUGGGCUCAUGGGGCUGCCAGUUACGCAGUAA